AUGAGGGCGCUGCGAGGUGUCAGCCGCCGUCUAUCCACGCCGGCGCUCAAGCCACCGUCCGCCCACGCGCUCGGCUGGCGCGUCACGCCGGUCGCCCACGCCCUGGGAGCCGAAAUUGAGGGCGCCGACCUCUCUCACAUCGGUGCCACCGAGUUUGCGGCGGUCCGCGAGGCGCUCCUUCAGUACGAGGUGAUCUUCUUCCGCGAUCAGGCGUCCUUCGAUCCGGCAGCGCACCGCGCGCUCGCCCAGCUCUUUGGAGGCGUGCAGACGCACCCCGCAUACGCCACCUGGCACACCGACAUGACGUUCCGACCGCGACCGCCACUCGGGUCGAUCCUGCACGGCAUCGUCAUUCCCGACGGCGGGCGCGGCGACACCGAGUUCCUCUCGAUGUCGGCGGCGUUCGAGGCGCUCGAGCCGAGCCUGCGGCGGCGGCUUGCGGGGCUCGAGGCGGAGCACUCGUUCGAGCACGGCUUCAAGGAGAGCCUGUCGCAGCCGGGCGGGCGCCAGCGGCUGGCGCAAGCCCUGGCCGAUAACCCGCCGGUGACGCACCCGGUCGUGCGGACCCACCCAGAGAGCGGCCGGCAGAGCCUCUUCGUCAACGGGCUCUUCACCACGCGCAUCUUGGGGCUCGGCGAGGGCGAGUCGGCGGAGCUGCUCGGCUUCCUGCAGGAGCACAUGGAGCAGCCGCGCUUCCGCUGCCGCUUCCGCUGGCGCCCCCACUCGGUCGCCAUCUGGGACAACCGGCUGACGCAGCACCGGCCGGUGAACGACUACUGGCCUUCGCACCGAAAGCUGCAGCGCAUCACCAUCGACGGCGACCGCCCCUUCUACCGCGCCGCGGAGGCGGCCUAG